AUGGGAACAUUACUGGAACAACCUGAACCAGAAGUAGUCAAAGUUUCUAUUCUAAACGAAGAAUCGAUAAUUUUGGGAUUUCAUUUGACAAAAUUUAUGUUACGAGAUAUAUUAUCUAAUAUUCCUUCAUCUACUUAUGUAGUUAUUACCGAUAAAAAUAUUGCACCGAUCUAUCUUUCAAAGAUUAUUACUGAUUUUGAAAAAGUUGCAUCAAAAUUAAAUUUGAUUAAUACUACAAAACUAAGAUUGAUUACGUAUAUUAUUUCACCAGGUGAGCAAUCAAAAUCACGAGAUACAAAAGCUGAAAUUGAGGAUUUUCUUCUUGGUAAAGCAUGCGGAAGAGAUACAUGUAUUUUGGCUAUGGGUGGUGGAGUUAUAGGUGAUUUGGCCGGAUUUGUUGCAGCUACUUUCAUGAGAGGCGUUCCAUUUGUUCAAAUUCCAACCACUUUACUCGCUAUGGUGGAUUCAUCAAUUGGGGGUAAAACAGCUGUUGAUACUCCACAUGGUAAAAAUUUAAUUGGAUCUUUUUGGCAGCCGAAAAGAAUUUAUAUUGACUUAAUGUUUUUGGAGACUUUACCUGAGAGAGAAUUUAAUAAUGGGAUGGCUGAAGUUAUAAAGACUGCGGCAAUUAGCAGUGAAUUAGAUUUUAUUAAUUUGGAAAAUGGAGUAUCAAGUAUUCGUGAAGCAGUAUUUUCAAGUCCUAAAAGAAAUGUACAAUAUCAAGGUGCAAUACUUGCGACCCGAACUCCUUCACAGUCAUUACUAUUAUCUGUAAUUAUGACAUCAGCUAAAUUUAAGGCUGAUGUUGUAACACAUGAUGAACGAGAAAGUGGACUUCGCGGUUUACUUAAUUUUGGUCAUACGAUUGGACAUGCCAUUGAAGCCAUUUUGUCUCCGGAAUUACUUCAUGGAGAGUGUGUUUCAAUAGGAAUGAUUAAGGAAGCGGAAAUUGCUAGACAUCUUGGUCAUCUCAAUCAAGUUUCUGUUAGUAGAUUGUACAAGGUUUUACAGGAUUACGACUUACCAGUCUCAUUAGAUGAAAAAAAAGUCAAAGAUUUGGUUGGCAAGAAAUUUUGUGCUGUUGAUAAAUUAAUGGAAAUUAUGAAGGUUGAUAAGAAAAACCAAGGAGAUCAAAAAAAAAUAGUUAUACUCUCAUCCCUCGGAAGUACUUAUGAGAAAAAGGCGACCAUUGUUUCUGAUUCCGUGAUUCGUAAAAUUUUAUCACCCGUUAUAAAAGUCUUACCUAUUACAUUAUCUUCAAAUAUUUCAUCAACUCAUGUUACAAUGACGACACCGGGAUCAAAAUCCAUUUCAAAUAGAGCUUUAGUUCUAGCAGCAUUAGGAAAUGGAACCUGUAGGCUUAAAAGUCUGUUAUAUUCGGAUGAUACUCAAGUGAUGAUGGUUGCUUUACAAAAAUUAAAGGGAGCAAAGUUUGAAUGGGAGAAUGAUGGCGAAACUUUAGUUGUUACUGGUGGUGGCGGCAAUCUUCAAGUUCCUGAUGAUGAACUUUAUCUUGGAAACGCGGGAACAGCCUCAAGAUUCCUUACUACAGUCUGUACUUUAAUAUCAGCUGAAACGGCUAAUCAAAAAAAACUCACCACUUUAACUGGUAACGCUCGUAUGAAGCAACGUCCGAUUGGUCCUUUAGUUAUGGCACUUCAAGAAAAUGGAUCUCAGAUUCGUUAUGUCGAAAAUGAAGGAUCUCUUCCUAUUGAAAUAACUCCAUCACAAAACAAAUUCAAAGGUGGCGAAAUAAAUCUCUCUGCAUCUAUCUCAUCUCAAUAUGUUACAUCUAUUUUGUUGAGUGCACCUUAUGCUUCUGAACCUGUAACUUUAACUUUAACCGGAGAUAAGGUUGUUUCUCAGCCAUACAUUGAUAUGACAAUUGCAAUGAUGGAAUCAUUUGGUAUUAAGGUUGAACGACUUGAAGGUAAUGUUUACCGUAUUCCACAAGGAAAAUAUACAAAUCCUAGUGAAUAUGUAAUUGAAUCAGAUGCUAGUUCUGCCACUUACCCAUUAGCCGUAGCUGCAAUCACUGGAAUUACAUGCACUCUCCCAAAUAUUGGAUCAACAUCUCUUCAAGGUGAUGCUGCAUUUGCUGUUAAAGUAUUAGAACCAAUGGGUUGCACUGUCACUCAAACUGAGACAAGUACUACAGUUCAAGGUCCUCCUAUUGGAUCAUUACGUCCAUUACCCAAUAUUGAUAUGGAAACGAUGACUGACGCAUUUUUAACAGCAUCUGUCUUGGCUGCAGUCGCAUCGAAUAAUGAAGAAGAAUGCAUAACUCGAAUUACCGGAAUUGCUAAUCAACGCGUUAAGGAGUGUAAUAGAAUUUCAGCGAUGGUUCAUGAGUUAAACAAGUUUGGAGUAAUUGCAUCUGAACUUCCUGAUGGUAUUCAAAUACAUGGGUCUAAAAUUCAAUCCCUCAAAGGCCCUAUAAGUGGCGUAAAAUGUUAUGAUGAUCAUCGCAUUGCAAUGAGUUUUAGUAUACUUGGAUGUGUUGUUCCAGAUGGCACAAUUAUUCGUGAGAAAAAAUGUGUAGAGAAAACUUGGCCUGGUUGGUGGGAUGAUUUAGAAAAUAAGUUAGGAAUGAAUUUUCUUGGAGUUGAUUUUGGGUCAAGUGAUGAUUUAUUAAAUCAUAAUGAAGCUUAG